UGAUUUAUUGCUACAUUCGCAGUAAAGAUCGGCCUUUGUGUUUCCAUCAUCAUUUAUGUAUGAUUGUAAUGACGUUGUUUGAUAUUAGGACUAGCAGUAAAACUUUAUAUUCUGUAAAAAAAGGCUUUUAUUUCCAGCGCCGCCUCCCAGAAUGCUUUGCAUGGGGACGUGCGUCUGACGUCACGUAUUCAGAAAAUUCGAAAUGGCUGCACGCGGGAGGUGAGGCCCGAGCGAAGAAAAGUGGAAAAGAGUGUUAUUCGUCAAAAAACCCACACAACGACGGUCAUUUUUUCGCCGUGCUAUUGUAAAAUUGUGUUUUGUGAAGCCGUGGAGCUCGAGAUCCUGUUUACUGUGGACUAGCUGUGUGUGACGCCAUGUUGUUUUUGUUUCCAUUACAAAAAAAAAGCUCCACCGUCUCGCCGAGUGCCAGCAAGAGUCAUGAGUACUUGUCAACUCGACUCCUCAACUGGAGAUAACUUUCUAGCACCUCACCAUGGGGAAGGAUGUAUUCAUAUGCCUUCACCAGCACCUGCAUUAAACAUGCAGAGAGUUACACAAGUUCUUACCACCUUGGGGCACCAUUCAGGGUGCCUUUUCAUCUGAUUAAAUUUAUAAUGAACAGGGACAUUGCGGUUGUCCCAAGUGGAUGGUAUGAUGAUAGGAUGGUUUUCUGGCCCAGCUAUAAAAACACCGACAGAAUUGAAAGGGCAGCUUUAAAUGAGGAGCAGCAUGAGCCAAACUGGCCAAAAUUUGACGUUUCUGUUGUCCGAACUUGUGACAACUACAAAGACGCAUUAAAAAUAAUGCAACAAUAUGGAAAGGGCUGCGACACCUCAGACCUGCAAUCUGAGGCAGAGAACGAGGAGCUGCCAGAAAAAAGGAACAGGAAGCCAGUCCAUCGUCUCGGGGACUCAGAUGAUAGCGAAGAAGACCCGGGAAAUAGUGACCUCACAUCUCUGGGGUUGGCAAGCCAAUUGCACAGGCAGACUCCACCGUCUCACCGAGUGCCAGCAAGAGUCAUGAGUACUGGUCAACUCGACUCCUCAACUGGAGAUAACUUUCUAGCACCUCACCAUGGGGAAGGACGCAUUCAUAUGCCUUCACCAGCACAUGCAUUAAACAUGCAGAGAGUUACACAAGGAACGGCGGUCCCUCCUCGACUCCCUCCACCCCCCUCACCAGCAGCCCUCAACAUGUGGCAGACAGAGGAGCCUGGAUCCAGCCUGGCCUACAGGCCAACAUGGCGAGGGGGAAGAAAGGCCGACAACAUUUCCUGCUCUGCGCCUGAGGUAAUCCACAUCCUUAGCCUGCUGGAAACUAUUAAGCACAACCAAGACCAGCUGAUUGCGAAGGUGCUGUGAGUAAAAAUGUGUUGACAAGGUCAGCCACGGACGCUGAGGUCACCAAACACGCCAUCAGGUGGUUCAACUUGGCGGGGGAUCGGGCAACGAGGAGACGAGUCCCGCUUCCACCUCCUCAGGAGGAAUAGAGAUGUAUAUGUAUAAAUAAACAACCUUUUAUUGGACUUCUUGUCAUUCACCAGUUAUUCAUUUUCUGAUAUGUUAGCUGUGCAUGGAGCAGCGUUUCCUUGAAGUUGUAGCCUAAUAGAUUAAAUAUGUAUAUUUACUUUUUAAAUAUAUAUUAUAUAUAUUUACUUUAUAGAGUGAAUUGACCAUUUUCUGUUUCUGCCUAUU